AAUCAGCUGCCAAGAUUGUUCUGGGAUUUGUCCAUAAUCAGGCUGGGAGCAUCCUAUUUUGCGAUGAUAGGGAUACGAUUUACCAAAAUCGAGGUCCAGAGUAUAAAAAGCCCGAGGCGCUGUCCAGUCAUCAUCAGUUCAGUGGUGCCUCUUAUCCUAAGGACAUAAGCCGCCUUCCCGAGUUCUUCAAUUUCUAUCUAGCAUCAUAGCUAACACAAUUCUCAUCGACAUGGCUUGCAUCAAAAUGAUCGGAUCGCUGGUUCUGGUGGCGCUGAUCGUUCUGGCCCUGAGCAGCACCACUGAAGCCGGCUACCGGAAGCCACCAUUCAACGGAAGCAUCUUCGGCAAGCGGAAUGGAAACUCUAUUGACUACGAAGGAAACGCGAAGGUGUUGUCGACCAUGUGCGAAAUCGCUGCAGAAGCGUGUCAGUCGUGGUUCACCCAAGAACAGAAGUAGUAAAAUUCCCACCAAAUAGCCGCAAAGUUGGCACCGAUCCAGAACCACAUCGUAUUCUUAUUCAACGCCAUGAUCGGAAGAUGAUUUGAGGUGACCAAUAUCCCCGCCUUUACUAAACUCAUCCGUUAAUCACCAAGCCCCUAUUGUAAUCAUCAGUGUACAGAAGAAUUGCGACAGAUAGCCGUAGUGGUUUGAACCAGGGAAGUGAAGUAUAUUCAAUGUUUGAAAUGUCAAGUGUUAUAAUAAAACGCAAGAGUGUCAUCCCCAUAAGGAAAAUGGUGACAACGUAA